UUGGUGUUUGGAUUUGAGUUUGGAAAUGAGAUUAUUGUGAAUGGAGAAGAAAUGAGUGAGUUGAGUUGAAUGGGCUAUCCAGUGUUUGGAGAAUCGUAGCCACUUAUUUUCUUCAUUUGGAUUUUCAUUGGAUCAGGUAUCUCCAUGGAAGCCAUCUUGGAUCAGCUUGCCGGGGUUCACACUCCCGAGGCUCCUCCGACCUUUACUUCUUCCCCAAUAGCCCCUACCCUAAAGAUCUCUUCCAGCGCUCCCCCCGACACUAUUGAUUUAGUGGAUGACGAGGAGGUGCUGCCGGGAGAAGGUCAAGAAAAGCAAUGGGGCUUUUCUGAGGAAGUUGCAGAAGGUGCGGGAGAGUUUCAGGCUCUUCCUGAGAAAGCUGAAAAAGGUGAAGAAGAGCCUGAAAUUGCUCUGAUUCGCAAGCGCAAGGGCAAAAUUGUUGCCCAGGACGAGCCCAAGCGGCCUCGGAGAGCUGACACUCCUGCCCAUGGUCUUGACGGUGGGGUCUCCCCCAUGGAAGAGCAUCCCGCUCCUCCCAAUAUUGUGCUGACUCCAGUUCCUGGAGAUGAGGUGAGGCAAGAGCUCCGGAUAGCCAAGCAUAACUAUGCCAUGGACGAAUACUCCCGGGGGUAUGCCGAGGUGGAAGCCCUAAGGAGGGUUUUCCGGGUUGAGGUGCAGGAAACCAUCAACAACCCGGAGUACCAGGAUCCGUGGGACCUUAACUUGGACCCCCUGUCGGACUGGUUUCGUCGCUUCCUUGGGCCCACCUUGGCUCCCUUCGCCGCGGAGAUGACUGGCGAGUUCGCUUCUCAGCUUACCCGGUGUGCACCUAAGCGGUUCGCAACUUGCGCCUCCCUGAACUCUAUCUUCCAGGUCCAGGACCUCAGCCACUCCCUCACCGUGCUUGCUGCUGAGGCUUGCCGCCUCUCCAAGAACAUUAUUAAUCAUGGCUUCGUUCUGUCUGAUUUUGGGGACAUGAACGACGUCAGGAAGGUCCUUCAGGAUCUCACUGCGGAGAGGCAGCUCUACCAGGAGGCUGCUGAGCGCCGGGAGGCGGCUGCCAAGGCCAAUGAGGAGGAGGCCAAGCGGAGGGAGGCCCAAGCGGAGGCCAUGAUUCGGGAUGAAGCCCAGCGGAGGGACAGGCUGGAGGCCCAACAUCAGGAGGAGCUGAGGGCGGAAAGUGAGGCUGCUGCCAAGGCCAAGCGGGAGCUCCGGGAGGCCAGGGAAGCCUUGGACGAAAUGGUUGCCCAGGUGAGAUCCUUAGAGGAAACUCACCAGGCGAACUUAGAGUCCAGGGCCGCUCUAGCCGCGGAGCUGAAGGAGCUUAGGGACUUCAAAGAACAAACUACCAAGAAGGCAAAAAGAGCCGAGCUCCUUUCUCCUGUUUCCUGCGGCCGGUGCCCAAAGCGCUUCGACGAUGGAGUCUUCAUGGCUUGGUCUACCAACGACCAAAAUAUCAAGCUUACUUUCUACCCCAAACCUGAGGAAAUGAUUGCCAAAUUUCGGGAGAAGAAGAAGAAGCUUGAUGCCAUGGUAGAGGCGCGUAUUGGACCUCGCCUUCCUCCGCGUAUUGACUAAGCUGCUUCGAGAUUAACCCAGUACAACCAAGAUUCCACCCACUUCUUUUAUUAUUAUUAUCUCUUUUUUUUUUGUACAUAUUUGCUGCUACCUUGGGACAAUAUAUUUAGGUAGCAGUUUUUUAUUUGAAGGGGAGACAAUUUUUUAAGGCCUGUCCCCGGGCCGUUUGUAUAUAUAUGACCUGCCCUUUGGGUCAGGAUAUUUAUAUGUGAUAUCUCUUUUGCCA